AAUUCUUUGGGACAUUCGGAUAAAUCGAACUUAACACAGGCACCCACCACAAAUGGUCACUCGGCCACACAGCGUACACCUGCCAUUGUUGGAGCGUUUCCCAAAGAUGAAACCUUCGAAUCUCAUAAUAUUGGCAAGUCCUUCAAAGAUGAUGAUGAUCCCGCCAAAUUACGACGACAAUUGAUUGAAGCUAAAGAAGAGAUUGAUCGCCUAAAUCACAUUGUUGAAAACUACAAGCAAGAGUUGAAUACAGCUCAGAUGAGACAACGUAAAAGUGAGGAGGCUGCUUCAGCGAACAGGCAUAGUGUGUCCGCCAUUG